AUGUCUGUACUAGAUGCGGAGCACCAGCGUAAGCUUGCUCAAUUUAAAGAGGAAGUGUUUGGCGAGGAGAUUAUCCAUGAGGGAGAUUCGAUUGGCACUGAUGACGAAACAUUGUUGCGUUUCCUUCGGGCACGCAAGUUUGACUUACCUCAGUCCAAGUUGAUGCUCAAGAACUGUCAGCAUUGGCGCAAGACCGUCGGCGGGAAAGGCAUCGACAAGUUGCACGAGGAGAUUAAUCCAUUUGACUACCCAGGUCGAAGCGAAGUUCUCAAACAUUGGGCCAUGUUCGUCCAUAAGACAGACAAGGUUGGUGUGAUAAACUGUCACAAACAAGGACGGCCAGUGAGCGUCCAAAUAUUUCGUGAACUCAACCUUCCGGAACUCUAUAAACAUAUCACCCCGGAGAAGCAUUGGGAUGCCAUAUGUGUGAAUGCGGAUAACCUGACCCGAGAGAUAUUGCCUUCCUCUUCUCGUGCUGCUGGCAGACACAUUGGCACUGCGUUUGUGAUUACAGACCUCAAAGGAUUUACUCUAUCUCAAUUUUGGCAAGUGAAGUCACUCGCAAGAAGCUCUUUCCAGAUAUCUCAAGAUUAUUUUCCCGAAACGAUGGGUCGACUCGCUAUUAUCAAUGCGCCGUCAUCGUUUACAUUCAUUUGGAAUGUUGUCAAGCGUUGGCUAUCCAAGGAAACACAAGAGAAGAUCGACAUCCUGGGUGUUGACUACAGGGAUAGGCUCCUCGAGCUUAUUGACGCGGAUAGUCUCCCAGCGAUUCUUGGUGGCUCGUGUCAGUGCAAGGAAGGCUGUGAUGCGAGCGGUGCCGGCCCGUGGAUGGACGAACGUAGGGCGAGGGCGAAUGGCCAAGCGCCUGGCGUUGAACACGAUGCCAGUCUCUUGGAACAGACUACGGAUGACGAUGGUACGGCAGAUGAGCAGGUGCCUAAUAAGAACCUGGACAUCCCCGAGAUCAACGGAGAGAGCGCACAGAAGGCGGCGGACAAACAUCAACAAGACGCUGACCCAUCGACGGCGAAUGACAUAUCCAUGCUCGCCGAAUCACACAUCGGGUAUGACGGCAGUGCCCCGAAGCCCUCUGUGCUCGCCGCAGCCAGUGCUAGCUAG